CAGAGACUUUUUACUGACUGUAAGUGUCUGAGUUCCGAGGUGCACGUGAAGGCAGCACGGCGUCAGUGACGCAGCCAGCUCGGAAAGCACGCGCUGCUUCCUGGAUCCAGGCAGGCAGGCGACUGAGUACACUUUCGGUGGCGCGCUUGGGCCCGAGGGGUACGCGCAGGAGGUCCGAGCGUGUUUUGGAGGCUCGCUGCGGUGACGUGCGGGACUGACAGCCGCUUUCAUCGAUGAGAGGAGGCCGCGGGGGCCGGAGCGCGGCGGGUCUUCAGGGUUCUUCCGCUGCUCCACGGAGAGGAACAUGGACACUCGGCAUCCCGACUGAGAGCCUAGUCGCAGCCUGAUUCCUCUCCCUUUGCUGCCCCCGCCCCACCAUGGCUGGCAGGAGUCCCCCACAGCACCGGGACGCCCAGGAGCUGGUGACGAAUGAGGGUGGAGCCGGCCCCCAGUGCGGCGCUGAGGUUUUCUGCAAGCUGUGCUUGAGCCAGCGUCCAGCUGCUGCAGCCAAGGAGCUGCAGAGCUGCAAGUGCAGGUUCUGCAGCGCGUGUCUGCAGCAGUACGUUGAGUUGGCGAUAAAGGAGGGUGGGGGAGCCCCCAUCACCUGCCCUGAUAUGGCCUGCCAGAAGAGCGGCGUUCUGCUGGACUCAGAGGUUGCCAGUCUGGCUGCUGCCGAUCAGGCGAGCCUUUAUCAGCGGCUGAAGUUUGAGAGAGGAGUGAAGCUGGACCCCAGCAAAGCCUGGUGCCCGGUGCUGGAGUGUCAGGCAGUGUGCAGCGUGCUGCCCAGCUCCGAGGGCCGACCCGCCGCCGUGCCCUGCCCCGCCUGUCGCGCGGUGUUCUGCUCCGGCUGCAGAGAGCUGUGGCGGGACGGCCAUGCGUGCCCGGAGCUGCAGCCCAUGAUCGUGGCCUCGCCGUCAGAUGAAAACAGGGACUCCGACGCUUCCAUCAAGCAGUGCCCCAUGUGUGGCGUCUACAUCGAGAGGAACCAAGGCUGUGCACAGAUGCUGUGCAAGAGCUGCAAGCACACGUUCUGCUGGUACUGUCUGCAGAACCUGGAUGGCGACAUCUUCCUGAGACACUACGACAAAGGGCCGUGCAGAAACAAGCUGGGACACUCGAGGGCCUCCGUGAUGUGGAACAGAACGCAGGUGGUGGGCAUCCUGGUGGGGGUCAGCAUCAUCGUGUUGGUGACCUCCCCGCUCCUGCUGAUGGCCUCCCCCUGCAUCCUGUGCUGCGUGUGCAAGCCCUGCAGCCGGAGGAAGAAGAGGAAGAAGGACGGCGACUCCUCGUCAUAGCUGCUCCCAUCAGCCCGCCACCAUCACUCCACUGAGCUCACGGAGGCGAGGAGGGCGCUGGAUAAACAAGCCCAACAACUGUUCUCUUGUUUCUCAACACUGUGGCCUCUGAGCCGGUUCAGCCAGGACGGACCCAAAGCUCAGACAGAGCUGCUCACGUUCUCUGCAGACUUUAAGGAGCUUCUGAAUGGGUAAAUGUGGAGGAGAUGGCAGGCCUUCAGUUUCCCUCACUCCACCUGUCCCCACAUCCAGUUCAAAGAGCAGCACCACUCUCAUGUGCCAGUCGUCAUAAUGCCAAACCAGAGGUGUUGGGUGCUUAAGUGCCUCGCUCCACAGUGCCAGGCGCUCGCUUCCAUUUCUGUUGCCUUCCAUUCUCUUUUAUCUUAUGCAAAAGUGAAGCAUUAUGAAAGUGGACAACCAUCAGGAUCUCACAGGGCUAAAAAAAACAAUGCAAAAUGUCCUUUUGUGUAAAGACAGCACUUUAAGAUGAUCUCAAUCGUGAUAGGGCUUCACUGGUGCACAGAGAACGUUUGUCGUCUCCACCAGCAGAUGUCCCAGACCAAAGGCUCGCAAAGUUUUUUAAAACUUGUUAAUGUGUAUUUAUGGAUUUGAGUGUGUGUCAUUUCUACGUUUCUGUUGGUUUCUACAUCAGAUCUUUUCUAAGCGCUCCAUUGUAAAGGAAAAUAAAUGUGCUGAAGAAGCGACAGA